UUCUGGGUGUUGAGAGGGAAAAUCAAAUAAAGUCCAAAUACAACAGAAACACAAAAAGUGAAGACAAAAACACUGUAGCUACACUCCCAAAGCUUUUUUUUUGUCAGAGAAAAGUGCUGCAAACGCUCAGCAUAGUGUCAGUGUAGAUAGCUUCAGUGUUGCCAUUACUCAUGACUUCUAUGUUACUCUGUAUUGAAAAAGUAUCUCACUAUAUGGGCAGAUAAUUGUGCCUGAUUUAAGGAUUAUUUCUUGAAACAAAAGAAAAAAGUCUAGAGAUAAGUUCAAUAGUCUUAUAAUAUUUGUAGCACAAUGUCAAAAUGAGAAAUAUUAGAUAUGUCGACUUGAUUUCACGAUUUCACUUUCCAAGAUAUGAUUUGUUGCACUGUAAACUGCCACUCAGGAGGUCUCUACUAAUUUAAAAAUGUGCAUCUAGGGUCCCAUCGUCCAGAGCCCCAGAAUCACUAACACUGAAUCUCAAACGGCUCCCUACUCCCUAUGUAGUGUACUAUGUAGGCCAAUAUAUAGCAGAUUCUACACCUAAAUAGUGCUUUACAUGUCCAGUAUAAAGCUAAUUAUAUUCAGCCAUAAGCUGUAUGACUCCCUGUCUGACAUAUAUUGCAUUUCAGUGUAGAAGCCAUAGCUUCAUUACCUCUGAAGUACACUAUAUAGGGAGUAGUGAUGCAAAUUGAGAUUUAGCCUAAAUCCAUCCUUGUUAAAGGCUACUGAGUGCUGAUUGAUUGGCGAUCUGAUCUGCUCAUCAGCUGAGUAAAACUUACUGACAUGUACAUAAAGCACUGUUGCAAAAUAACAGCAUUUCAACAUUUUGAGCUAUUCUGUGUUGAGACAAUGAGUGCAUUUGUCUGUAAUAAAUGGACUGACCAUUAACACUUGCAGGUGUACACAAAAGCUCCACAGCUCCCCGUUGAUUUCGCUCUUUUUUGACCACCUUCUGUCGUAUCCACUCAUAGGAGAUUACACUGAGUGAUGUUUCUCCUCACUAGAAAGUUGCAUCCGAAGUGGCUCAGAAAUAGUCAGCCGUCAGCCAUGUUGUAGUGCUGCUUGAUAAAUCUUUCGGCCAUUUCAUCAUCAUUCUCCAGAUAGUUCACUAGGCCUACCGCAAACGCUGUGUAGUGAAUUUUAAACGAGUUAACAAGUGAACAUGUGUAAAAUGAACGAUGCCCAAUUUACAGUGACAGUACGUUCACAGCUACCUGAAGUGAUCUAACAGCUUGGAAAUAGGUGCUAAUAUAUUACUUCAAAAUUUACGCAGUACUUUACAAACGUGCUAGUGAUAAAUUACACGUGCUCAUGAAUUUUGGACUCCUUUGUAAUUCGGCCGCCAUUAAAAAAUCUGACCACAUUUUUUUGUCCACAUAUUCUGACGUGCACUGUGAGAUGACCUGCCUUAGUCGAUCUAGACGUUCUACUGGGCUGAAUCCAGUUAGUUUACUGUAGGGAAAAUGAGUCGAUGUGGGCCCGGUCUUUCUGUCCAGUAGAUGGAGACACUGCUGCUGUCUGCACUGAGUGUGCACUCUCGUCACGCUCCUCGGAUAGUAGUUGAAGCCCCGCCCACACACGCGUCCGCGCUCUCUGAUUGGACCGAAACAAACGUUCUCAAGAGUCACCGAACUUUGUUCGAGGGAGAACCGUGUGAGAUUUUAAUGACAGCUGUUUACAUUACGAUCAUUUUAAAAACUAAGUUCUUUUAACAAAAGAAAAACAUCUGAUUCCUCGACUCUGCUUGCUGGGGUCUUCUUCAGGGUUCUGCUAGUUUUCUCCUUUGUCAUUUGGAGCCACACUGGCGAAAGUGUUACACACCGGACAGCGUUAACGUUACUAAGGUUACGAUGUCGCUCCGUGAGGAAAAGCCAGUUUACGAGCACAAGAGCGAGUCUGAGAUUAAGACCAAAAACGCGGUUAAAGGGAACGGGAAUGGUCGUAACUCCAGAGCCGUGUGUAGGGUAUGUGACCGGAUGUUUAGGGAGCCUAAAAUCCUCCCUUGCUUGCACACGUUCUGCGCCGACUGUAUCCGGCAGAUCGAGCCGUUCUCGGCGCUGGGAGCCGAAGGUAAGAGACCGUGGCCUGGCGAUGAGGGGCGGGGGCGCAGUCCGCUCCCUCUAACGGUGCUGUGUCCCGAGUGCGAUUCCGAGGUGGACCUGCCCUCAUCGGGCGUGGAUGGGCUAACCACUGACCACCUUGCCCUGGACGAGGUGUUCAUGGAGACCCUCUUGUUGGAGAAGAGCGUGUUGUGUGACUUGUGCAGUGACAGUGAUGCAGGAAAGCGGUGUGAAGUGUGCUGUGUUAACCUCUGCGACUUCUGUAGCCAAGCGCACAGGAGGCAGAAGAGGACGUCCAGUCACUCUAUCCAUUGCUUAGAAGAGCUGAAGUCUCGGGGUCAUCUCUACCGGCCUGUCCUUUGUACUUUGCACCCAGGACAGGAGCUGCGUCUUUUCUGUGAGUCCUGUGACCUCGCUGUGUGCCUGGAGUGUGCUGCUGCAUUUCACCGGGACCACCAGUGCAGCCCUACUCAUGACGUCAUUUACCAACAUGGUGAUCGUAUCCGGGAGUUGGUUUCUGGGAGCCUGCAGCCUCGUCUCGGCCGUCUGGAGGAGGCACUGAGGCGUGUGGAGAUAUCCCAGGAAGCCUUAAAGACUCGAACAGAGGCACUGGCAGGUGAGAUCCGGGCCUUUGCCAGGAGCUAUGCCAGCGCGGUGGAGGCCCACUGCUGUUCUCUGCUGCAGACUCUGGAGGAGGUGAGGGUGCAGCGGCACAACCAGCUUAAUCUGCAGAGUGUCCAGCUGCAGCAGGCGCUGUCUGACGCCCGCGGAGGCGUGGAGUUUGCUGAGCGCUUGCUCACAUGUGGCUCAGAAGCAGAGAUCCUCAAUGCUAAAGGAGUUACCAUGAGAAGGUUAAUGAGCUUGCUGGAGUGCGGCUAUGAUCCACACCCAGCCACGGUCAGCCAUGACAUCGGUAGCAGUAUGUACUUUUUACCUCAGGAAAGUGCUGGGCAGGUGGAUGGAUUCCCUGUGCUGGGAGUCCUGCAUGCCAAGACCGUAGAUCCCUCCAAAUGCAUCAUCGAGGGAGAAGGUGUCCAGCAGGGUGUGGAGGACCAGCGGGGCGAGUUCACACUGGUCUGCAAAGACUCUGCAGGAGAGCCGAUGGGUAAAGGAGGAGACCCUGUGCUAGUCAGCAUAGUCCACAAGGACAGGAAAGACUGCAUAGUGGAGACGACUGUGGUGGAUAACGGUGAUGGUUCAUAUGCUGUCUCCUACACUCCGGUGGAGCCUGGCUCCUACUCUGUGUGGGUGUGUGUGAAAGCGCAGCAUGUCAAGGGCUCACCUUUUGUGUUAAUGGUGAAGAGAAAGUUCCGGCACCAUCGUGGCAUCUUCCACUGCUGCUCCUUCUGCUCCAGUGGUGGCGCUAAAGAGGCACGCUGUGGCUGCACAGGAACCAUGCCAGGAGGGUUCCAGGGCUGUGGACAUGGCCAUAAAGGUCAUCCAGGGAAGCCACACUGGUCGUGCUGUGGAAAUGUAGUGGAGGGGUCUGAGUGUGUGCGCAGCCUUGGGCCAGGGACUCUCCGUGGUCAUGUCAGAACUGUGGAGCUUUGAAUGAACACCCACACCUGGAGGAAAAGACAACUGUUGUUAUGUGUACAUGGUACCAGUUUUACAAACAUGCCUUACAAACAUGUCCCCAUUUUUAAUAUCUUAUUUCUUAGUAUCACCAGCUGACUGUAUCAGUCUGUCAUAUAUUGUUUCUAGACAACAAAUUACCACUUGCUGCUUAUCAUGUGAAGCUGGAUUAUUCACUAAAACCAACAGUUUCAGGUGAAGCACAUCUUACCUUAUCUAAUUAAAUGGCUUAAAGCCUUGUAAGUCUCUAGAGACAAUCAACAGGUAACUCAACCAAAGUAUUUAAAGGGCAUAUAAUAUAGAAAACAGACAUUUCUUCACUUUUUUAAGUAGAAGAGUUUGAUGUUGUAUAUAAACAUUGUUAAAGUUUCAAAGCGUACUAUUCACUCCUGUCCUUUUGUAGAAACUAAACUGCAAAAAUAGGCUGUUACGAAAUUACUGUUUUUGUAAUGUCACAAACAACACAUUUACAUAUACGUGCCUAUUCAGGCUAUAGUUUAGCCCUGCCAGUUCACACUGAGGUUAUUAGGAGUGCUACAGCCCGGACUGCUUUUUGAUUGAAGCACAAUACUGGGCAGUUGAUCAUGAUGAGGUUAUUUACAUAUAUCAGUCUUAAACGCACAGUAACAAAAACAGCUUCUUUAAUUAGAGGCUGGAAAAUGGUCAUGCAGAUCUGAAUUACACAUUUUUGGUACAUAAGCCACACGUCUCAUAAGUGGACCUCAGGGAAAAAAUACAAUUAAAAUGUAGGAUAAAGGUGCUAAAUAUGAACAUGUACUAAACAACACGAUUAAGUGUUCCCAAACCAGCUGUAUAACUAUAGCAAGACUUUAGCAGGACUGCUUUCUAGAAUGACUGUGUAUAUAUACACUUCCGUAUUUUAAUACUCACUCAGUAGUAGAGUGCUUUUUACAAUGCAUUUCUCUGUAUGAGCAUGUACUCUUGAGAAUUACCCCAAUAUAUAAUAUAAUAGCAUCAGAUCAUCAGAUAUAUUGUCUUAAGUGUGUGCAUGUGAUUCGUGUACCAAAGACUGCCAAUUCUAUAGAGGUGCCUUAAAAUUAUAAUUCCUAAAAUCUUUAAGAACUUGUAGUUUUGAAUGCCAGUUUCUAUAGUUUCUCUGUAUUUCAAAUAAAGAAAUGGACUUCUUAGUGAGUAGCUGUCUGGA